CAAAACCCGGUUCAAUCAAUCUACAACAUUAAACCGAAUAGACAAGACUUCCCCGGUUCACGUUAAACCCUAUACUAAUAAACCCAAAACUUUAGAGAAUUGCGAGAGGAGAAAACAAUGGCGAUUUCUAUUAGACGAGCAUUAACAUCUUACCGAAGCUUCUAUGGUGCAUUACGAGCUGCCAAUUUCAGUGCAAAUCGUUUGAUAGGCUCCAGCUCUAGUCCAUUUCCGUGCGAAAAUGUGCCAUGUGCUCCGCCGUUGGCCAAUUUUAUGGUUGAAAGUCGGAGAAGUUUUGCUAAAGGAAGGAGACAAAGGGAGGAGGUAGAUGACGAUUAUGAAAGUGCAACCGCCGUAGCUGUAAACAUAGGUCCUAACAUUAAAGCUACUGCAGUCUCACUGAUGGAGGCAGCAAUUGAUUCAUUAUCGCGAGAAUUGGCCAAGCUGCGAACUGGAAGAGCAUCGGCAGGGAUGCUUGAUCAUAUCAUUGUUGAAACAGGAGGUGUUAAGACACCUCUUUGCAGGAUGGCUGUCAUUUCAGUGCUAGAUCCAAAAACCUUGUCAGUGAAUCCUUAUGAUCCAGAUUCCCUCAAAGAGUUGGAGAAAGCCAUUAUUCAAUCUCCCUUGGGGUUGAAUCCCCAAUCCGACAACCAGAGAUUAAUUGUACCAAUACCUCCGUUGACUAAGGAGCAUGUGCAGGCUGUAUGUAAAGUGGUUGCGAAAUCAUCUGAAGACGUAAAGCAAAGUAUAAGACGAGCUCGCCAGAAGGCUUUGGACACUAUGAAGAAACAUUUGCCAAAGAAGAAAGACAAAGACAAGUCAGCUUCAGCUUUCUCAGAAGAUGAUGCAAAAAGACUAGAGAAGGAAAUUGAUGACUUGACUAAAAGGUUUAUAAAGUCAGCAGAAGAUAUGUGCAAGUCCAAGGAAAGAGAAAUAACUAGCAGUUGAAGAGAUAAGUUUUCGUUUCAUCAAAGGCUCAUGCAGAGGUUCAAUUUUUUUGGCUGAAGCUAUCGAGGGUACUACUUACGCUUCAGAUUUCUUGCAUUCGAAGUCAGAAAAAGAUAACAAGACAUGUUACAAGUGAUUUUGCUUAUACUUGGAAGGAAAAUAUUGUAUUUCAUAUAACCUAUGCUAUUGUUUACAUCUAAGAUCAUUUAUCAUUUCAUUUUGUGACAAGUAUUGAGAUAAUGUAACUUUUUUGGGUUAACCCUGGGAAACUUUACAUCCCUGAGAGAAAGUACUAUUUGGAUUGUCACACAAAA